ACGAAGACAAAAAUAAAUUGUAUUUAUAAUGAUCUAACACUAUUUUCCGCGUAGUAUGAUAAGUGACAGCAAACAGAACACAAAGCAAAGAUAAAAAUGAAGAGUUUUCUGUUCGCCUGCUGCAUCUUCCUGGCUGUCUGCUCCAAGGCAUUCGGCACACAAUGUAAUGUGAACCCGGUGACGAUCCCGAAGACGUGGAUCACCAUGUCGGCCGGGUGCCGCGAGAGCGUCCGCCGCCAGAUCCAGACAGAGGUGUCCGCCUCCGUUCAGUACCUGGCCAUGGGCGCUCACUUCUCCAGGGAUAAUAUCAACCGCCCCGGCUUCGCCAAGCUGUUCUUCGACGCCAGCUCCGAGGAGAGGGAACACGCGAUGAAGCUGAUCGAGUACCUGCUGAUGAGAGGAGAGCUGACCACCAACGUCACCUCCCUCAUCACUAUUAGGGAGCCGGCGGUGACCAGCUGGCCGAGCGGUCAGGCGGCGCUGGAGCAGGCGCUGAAGAUGGAGACGGAGGUGACGGCCGCCAUCAAGAACGUGAUCAUCAAGUGCGAGAACGACCGCGACAACAGCGGACACACCAACAACGACUACCACCUGGUGGACUAUCUGACUGGCGACUUCCUGGAGGAGCAGUACAAGGGACAGCGCGACCUCGCCGGCAAGGCCUCCACACUUAAGAAGAUGAUGGACCGCCACUCCUCGCUCGGGGAGUUCAUCUUCGACAAGAAACUCCUUGGCAUCGACAUAUAAAUUGUCAAUUAGUAGUACAAAAGUAUUCGGUCUCGCUUCAAACUUGCUGCGGUGCCGCGAUUUGGUAACUUACCAUGGCCUUCUCGAAUCAAAAGACCAUCUAAGAUCAUUUCUCCACUAUGGAAUCGCAGUAUCGCGCCUAGAAUUGAGUCCCAAAAUAUUAUUAAGUUUAAAACCCUAUUAGUAUAGAACCGACACUGUUUAUAAAGAACAUUGUAAUUUUUAUGUUUUAUUACAUUGUAAUCACUA